CAUUUCUGUCUAUGCACGUGAACCCGUCUAACGUUAUUGUUAUUUCGCAGUUAUAUAAAGUAGCAAAUUAUCGUUCCUGAAUAGGUGGCGCCGUGGUAGCCGAUCCUGUUCCUCAACUUCCGGUUUCUGCACUGUGCAACUAUUACAGUUGCAUUUUUAAUUAACGAUGCCAAGUACUUGUUGUUGUGUUCCUGGAUGUCAUUUAAGAGGAGGACAUGCAUUUCCAAAUGACUUAAAAAGAAGGAAAAGUUGGAUCAACGCCAUGACACGAUGAAAUCGUGGAGUCCAUCUCAAUCAGCUGUUGUUUGCAAGGCACAUUUUACUGAAAAAGACUACGUGCAGGAAACUAUUCAUGGGCGCAAACCCACCAUACAGAGACUUAAGUCUACUGCCAUUCCCAGCCUAUUUUCCUUGACCAAGCAAGAGACUGAAUUGUCCGCAAAAAGAAAAAUCAGGGCAGUUUCCUGUGAAAACAAAAGAACUAAACUUGAUGAAUAUUGUAGUAGAAAUCUAGAGGAAAGUUUUGAUUGUAAAGUUGGUUUUCCUGAAGAAGUCAUUCAUACUGCAGAAAGGAUUUAUGACUGUCCACCACCAACUGCCGAGCUAAUGUUGAGCUUCCAAGAUGGAAUUACGCAAACACCAUCAAUGUCUAUGUUUUCAGCAGAGAAUUUUGAAAUGAAGACACGUGACACAGCCAUGCAUUUUUAUACCGGUUUAGAGUUGUAUACUAAAUUUUUAUUUGUUUUGACCACACUUUGUCCAACAGCACAUUGUUUGAGAUACAUAUAUUUUCAAAUUGAUAGGGUGUCAGUUGAAAAUCAGUUUUUUUAUGACUUUGAUGAAAUUGAGGCAUUAUACAACCAACUUUGAACUUUCUAGAUUCUAGAUUGAAUCUAGUGUUAAGAAUAUUGUGUAUACAUGGAUUGUUUUUAUGCCUUAACAGUGGUGUGAGGCUAACACUUGGCCAUCUAGUGGUUUAGUCAGGCAUUUUUCGCCAUCCAACUUCAAAUUAAAGUUUCCUACGACUUGGAUUAUUAUUGACAGCACAGAAUAUCCCGUGAUAAAACCUAAAGCUCCUAGAGCUCAGGCAACCUUUUCAUCAUAUAAAAACAGAAACACUGAAAAUACUUGUAUGUUCGACGCCUGGUGGUUUAGUCAACUAUGUCUCUAAUGCAUAUGUUGGUUCUACCAGUGACUAUGAAAUAGUUGAAAGAUGUAGAAUACAAAAUGUAGUUCAAUUAUGUGAUCCAGGUGACAGUGUGAUGGCAGACAAAGGUUUAAAUGUGCAAGAUUUGUUUGCCAACUUUUUUUCAAAAAAAGAAACAGAAUUAGUUCCAAAACUCUUAUACGGGAUAGAAAAGUCUCCAAUUAACAUGUGCACAUAGAGCGAAUUAUUGGACUUGGCAAAACAUACAAAAUUCUCACAAAUCCUAUGAAUGGAACUGAAACAAAACUUUCAUCUGAAAUAACAUUUAGUUGUUUUAUGUUGUGUAAUUUUAGAACUUGUAUUGUGCCAAAGGAUGCAGAAAUAAACGUGACGCAAUGAAUUUUGUUCUGAUAU